UCACUCAGCUGUCAGUGCUCUCAGACAGACACUGCAGUGAAGUCAGAGAGAAUUUUGCACCAAGGCGAUGUCUGGCUUUCACCUUUUUCAAGCUCUGCCUGAUGGCUCAUCAGACUUUGAUGACAAGCCAGCUACCCCAGCUAACAUGGAGCAGGAUGUUCAGUAUAAACCCUUAAGACUGGAGGACGGGCUGGAGCUGGUGGUUUCUCACAACAAAAAAUCCAUGCAAUAUGUCGCUACCCUGAUAUUGGCGGUGAACAGGUUGAAAAAGCCGCCGACUCACUGCAGCAUUGAGCUCUGCAGCGACAUCUUGGAUUGCCUGGUGGAGGAAACAAUUGUGAAGACGAUCGUGAACUUCGAUGCGAAGAACGCAAAAUACAUCCGUUCCGACAGUGAGACUCAGUUCGCUCUGAACGACAUUUCAAACAAAAGCAUCAUCCUCGACUCUGGAGUGAUGAAACUGCAGGCCGUCACUCUGCAGGGAGGCGACGGGGACUGCAGAGUGAAUUUUAAACUGUCAAAGUUCUACACUUUUCCUGCCGUGAGCUGUGAGACUGUCCUGCUCUCAAUCAACAAAUACAACCUCUCCUCCUCCGUGAAUGGAGGGAAUGCCGAGCUUACUCUGGAGAUGUGUUCUGAGGAGAACCUGAAGAACAUCAACAACGACAUGAAAUUGCAACGUUUCCUUUUCUACAAGAGGGCCGAGGGAACACAUACGACCUUUGAGUCGGUCAGUUGCCCCGGCUGGUUCAUCAGCACCGAUGAAGAAGAACACCUGUCUGUGGAUAUGUGCAGACUGGAUGCACAACGUAACAGAAACUUCAUAAUGACAUAAAACAUAAAUACUGCUGCCUUUUAAGCUGCCAUGAUCCAGAACUAUGCUUAUUAUAAUGUGACUUUUAUCCUAUCUCACCACCAGAUGGUGCCAUAACCUGCAAAGUGUCUGUCUGUAGUUGUAGAGAUGACUCAUUUUUAGAGGAAUAAUCAACUAAAUUUGUUCCUAUAUGUAUCAAUGUAAUUAAUAAUUUAUGUUUUAAAUGUAUCUCCUUUGGGAAAGUAGUAACAGGAUAUUCCUCCAAUAAACAGAUCUAUAAAAAAUGUA